GUUUUGAUUGGUUCCUUGACAGGCAGUGAUUUCAGCUAAACCAAUCAAUAGUGUUCUUAUAACUUUGGGAUUUAUUUAGCAAACAUGGCUGCCAAAUCGACGAAAAUUUCGUUAUCGGGAAAAAAUUUGAUCUUUUUACUUUGUUUGUGUCUUGUUCAAGGACGAAAACACCAUCUUGACAUAAAGACUGAUGACAGAAGGCAGUAUACACUAAGCAGUUUUGGAUUCUUGAAACAUGGGACACUUACUGUCAAUGUUACAAACUUUGUCUUCCCACAAGCCGCUGCGAGGGUUAACAACAGAACAUUUGGUUUUACAAUAGAUGUAAGCAGUAACACAGGUUCCAGCGGAUAUAUGGAAGACUAUAAAGAUGAUUGCAUUUUGAGAACCACGGAUGACCAGCCUAUCAUCUUCUUCAGAAUGGACUUUCAAACCAAUAAGUUGUUGAUUGAAAGGAGAGGUAAGGAGUUACAGAACAUCAUUAUUAGUAAUCAGACUAUCGAAGCCUUCUGGAAAACACACAAUAUGGCUCGUAGAGAGGCGCAGAAAUCCAUACCUUCUGCUCUAAGCGAUACCUACCUCUUUAAUGGCCGAACUUCUGGUGCGAGAGAAAGGAGGGAAGUCAUGAAUCCUGAACCUGUACCAAAAGCAAACCAGUUAGACGAUAAAGAUAACACAACCACUGCUGCAUCAGAAAGCACUACUGUUGCCAAGGUGACCACACCAGUGCCAGCAAAGACCAAGAAGCCAGCAUCUGUACCUUCACCAAUCAUCAAUGAGGUACCAAUGGGACAGAAUAAAGAAAUCUAUUCAUUCUAUUUUCUGCUGGCUGUGACAGACGAAGCACAGGAAGGCAUGUACACCCUGAACUUUCACAACUGUGAGACCAAAAACAGUGAAAAUACAGUCUCUUAUUCAAUUGACAUUGUAGAGGUGAACGAGAAUGGUAACUAUCUGUCGGCCAGUGUGAUGCCGUUACCAACACUUUACUUUGCUCUCAGUUUAUUCUAUGUUGUCAUGGCAAUAGUGUGGAACACGGUGUUGUGUAAAUCUGAUGAUACCGUAUAUAAGAUGCACUAUCUGAUGUUGGUUGUGGUGUUCGUGAAGAGUUUAUCAUGCUUGUUUCAUGCUAUAAACUACCAUUUUAUACAGAAGGAGGGUAUUCAUGAAGAAGCUUGGGCAGUACUGUUCUACAUUGCCUAUCUGACCAGAGGAGCCUUGUUGUUUGUUACAAUCAUUCUGAUUGGUGCAGGAUGGGCAUUCAUCAAACAUGUACUGUCAGAUAGAGAAAAGAAACUUUUCCUUAUUGUUAUCCCCCUACAGAUUUUAGACAAUAUAGCGUGGAUUAUUGUAGAGGAAAGUGAGGAAGGGGAGUCACAGUAUACAACAUGGAAGGAGAUUUUUAUACUGAUAGAUUUGUUAUGUUGUGGAGCUAUACUGUUUCCAGUUGUCUGGUCAAUAAGACAUUUGCAAGAGGCAUCAAGAGCUGAUGGCAAAGAAGAAUUUAGUCUCACCAAAUUGAAAUUAUUUAGACAGUUUUAUAUAAUGAUUGUGUGUUAUAUAUAUUUCACAAGAAUUAUUGUGUAUUUAUUAAAGAUGACUGUGCCAUUCCAAUACGAAUGGUUGAAUGAAUUAUUCCGGGAGCUUGCAACAAUCAUGUUUUUCAUAAUAACGGGUUACAAGUUUAAACCUGCGGCUGACAAUCCGUACCUGCGGGUCCCGACGGAGGAAGACGAGGAAAUGGAGAUGGAUGAAGUAAUAAUCGGAAAAUCGGCAUCUUUGGACACAUUAAAGAAGGUGAAUCAAGGUAACCGUGACGAAAGUACAGGACCAAAACUACGAGAAAGCAGUCACGAGUAUGAUUGACAUAAACUGUCACCAUCACGUGUUUGACUGACAUAAAUUUUCCGGUCUCUUAUGUGUGAUUGACAUACAUUUUCCAGUCAUAUUAUGUGAGAUUGACAGAAACUUUCCAGUCAUUUAUGUGUUGUUGACAUAAAUUUUCCGGUCACUUUUGUGUGAUUGACAUAAAUUUUCCAGUCACUUAUAUCAUAGACAUAAAUUUUCCAUGUAAUAAACAAUGAGUGAUAUGUGUAAAUUUCUAAAUUAUCGUUAUGUGGUAUUAUAAAGUAUGGUGGAGCAGAAAGGACAAAAAUAACAAGAAAUUUAUUUAUUAUAUUUAUAGAGCAGUAUUAUGAUGUACAUAUAGACAAUAUUUAAUAUACUAUGAAACUGUUGUAAAAAUAUCAGAUCACCAAAAUUUAUGACCAAUAUGUGAUACGAUAUGUGCAUUUAUUUUCAAAAUUUUUCUAUGAAAAGUAAAAUGAAGUAUGGUGAAAAAGAACGAACAUGAAUGAAAAGAACUUUAUUAACUUUCAAAGGGACAAGAAUAAUAUCAUUUUGUUAUUAAUGUAAGAAAUUGUGUGCUCAAACAUAAAGUUAUACAUAUUGACUUAUAUCCAAAUGACCAGUCUUUUAUUGUAAUGAUCACUCCUCUCUUGAAAAUAGAUUAUACUGAAAGUUUAUAUGCAUCCAGAUAUCACCUUUUACGAUCC